UUUAUAAUCGAGUAAGAAGAUCGAUUUAUUCGAAUCUUUGUAUACGAGCACCUUUAAACAUAUUUGUUUCAUUUUAUUUAUUAUUUUAGGAAAAUACUAUGGCUGGAAAUUUUUGGCAAAGCUCUCAUUAUCAACAAUGGUUAUUAGAUAAACAAGAUUUGAUCAGGGAAAGACAACAUGAUUUAGCAAUUUUACCCGAAGAUGAAUACCAAAAAAUAUUCAUUUUCUUUUCAAGUGUUAUACAAACAUUGGGAGAACAAUUAAAACUUAGGCAACAAGUUAUAGCAACAGCCACAGUAUAUUUUAAAAGAUUUUAUGCUAGGAAUUCUUUAAAAUGUAUCGAUCCACUUUUAUUAGCUCCUACUUGUAUCUUUUUGGCAUCAAAAGUAGAAGAAUUCGGGGUUAUAUCUAAUACAAGACUUAUAACUACUUGUCAGACAGUCAUUAAAAAUAAAUUUAGUUACGCUUACACUCAAGAAUUUCCUUAUAGGACUAAUCACAUUUUAGAAUGCGAGUUCUAUCUUUUAGAAAACUUGGAUUGUUGCUUAAUAGUGUACCAACCAUAUAGACCAUUGUUACAAUUAGUGCAAGAUAUGGGACAUGAGGAACAAUUGCUUACUCUAGCUUGGAGGAUUGUGAACGAUUCCCUUAGAACUGAUCUUUGUUUACUUUAUCCUCCCUAUCAAAUAGCAAUAGGUUGCUUACAAAUAGCUUGUGUUAUUUUACAAAAAGAUCACAAAUCCUGGUUUGCGGAAUUGAAUGUAGAUAUUGAAAAAAUUCAAGAAAUAGCGAGGUAUAUUAUAAAUCUGUUUGAACUGUGGAAAACUUAUGAUGAAAAAAAGGAGAUACAAGGACUUUUAGCUAAAAUGCCGAAACCAAAACCUGCUCCGCAAAGAUAGGAAAUUUUCAAACUUUGUAUUUAAAUUUUCAUUGUUUCAAUAGUUUUUUUUUCAAUUAUAUAUUUUGUAUUUUGACUCAAUUUAUUGGUCAAUAAGUAUUAAAAAAUAAAAAUAACGCUUAAUUUUGUAUAAGUACUUGAAUGCAGACUGAAAUUGAAUAUUUUAAAAGUACUUUAAAUAAAUUGGACAGAGAAAGUGAAUUAUUCCUCAACGGUUUUUUAUUUAUUACU